AUGCGUCGCUGUGCUGCUCGAUUCGCCGCUGCGGCAGUGGCCGCUGGUAGCGAUAGCGACCUCCAAAGUAUCAGUCCAUCAGCGUACAGUGGUGCGAAGAGUGCGGUGGCAGGCACGACGACCGAGUAUAAGCACGUGCACACGGCAAACCCGUUGCCGUCACAGUUCAUUCCGCCCGCGUCCGAGGCUCCGGAAAGGCUGCAGUCGUACGUGGAGCCGAAGCCAUUUAUUAGCCUCCGCCGUAUGCAGCUUUUCACUGUCUCCCUCGGUGUCGGUGGAGCUAGCGUAGCGCUGGUGUACUUCUUCCUCAGCACAAGCAUCCGCAACCGCGUGGAGGAGGAGCAGCUGCAGUUUGAUCGCGUAGUGGAACGCAACCGAAUAGCCAUGCAAGACCGCAUCUCCGUCGUGCCGGUCUUCGUCGCGCCGAGCACGUACGACGAGCUGUACGCCAAAAUGUUGGAAAAGGACAGGACGGUGGAGACGCAGCUCACCCAAGCCAAGAGCACCCUCCACACGGAGACCAUGUUCCACGUAAAGAUGUGGUGGAACCGGUGUCUGCGCAACAUCCAGGCCGCCACAGACGCCUUCGUCACCGCACAACUGCGUCACAAGGAAGCCCACGCAGAGGCAAACAUCAAGGCAGCACUGCAGUACAGCGGGUAUGAACUGGUGAGCCUCUCCAAGGUUGACGCGUAG